AUGGCGCCAGUGCUCGUCGCCGACCAGUCGCCGCUGCCCGUCGAGGAUUCGGUUUCGCCCCAGGCGGUCGAGGUAUCCAGCGGCUCAACGUUCCUGGACGUCGCCAUCGCCUUGUCGCACUCGCGGCUUGGCGCGCGGCUUUGCCGCGCGGUCAUUGACGGAUUGAAGGCGGCGGCCGCCGCGUUCCCAUCCGGGUUCACUUGGGGCACUGCUUGCUCUGGUACGGAUGUGCUCUUGAAGGUGUGCUCCCAUUCUUCUGCGUUUUGGAGCUCUCAGUACGACGUGGACCUCAAGUUCGAGAGCACGUUCGCAUGCGAAAAAGACGAGGAUGCUCAAGCUUUUCUUUGCGACCAACACGAGUUGCGACGUCUGUUCGGAGAUGUGAGUGAUCUGACCAGACACCAGACCAGGAACCUCAUCACGGACCAGGACGAGAUCGCGCCUUUCGUGGAUGGCUUCGCGAUGGGGUUCACUUGCGGCCCGAGGUCUCCGGCCAAUCCGAGGGCCAAGCAGAACAUGAACUGCAUCCAGCGGGACACUUCGGCCGCCACCAACGUUACCCUCAGGGGCGGGAUGGCGUGCAUCGAGAAGGCGCGGCCCGCGCUCGUGUGGUUGGAGAACGUCAAGGAGCUCUUCGCGAACGACGGCAGCAGCGACCAGUCGGACGGAGAAGCGGUACUACAGAUGCUGAAGGACCUGAACUACGAGUGCGAAGGCUUCGUCUUCGACGCGGCCGCCUACGGCUCUUGGCCCCCCAGGAACCGCCUGUACAUCAUUGGCCUCCUGGGCUUGUCCCCCGAGAACCGCUCGAAGUUGAAGAUGGUUCGCAGGAUCCUGGGCGCCAUGGAGAUCGGCCCUGGCACUGCUGAUGAAGUCGUCGUCUCUGACCCCUCCAGGCUGCCGGGCGCGGCGGCCCAUCGCGAGGGCCCCGGCGCCCCUUCCAAGAAGAAACCGAAGGUGGAGAAGAAUGGGGAAUUCAACUACAAGGUGGAGCACAUGGACAUCUUCGGCGUCUGCAAACUCAGCUGGCCCCCGAGCUUGGAGUCGUCGGGCGCCACCGGCGACGACAUCGACUUCAGCGGCAUGUCUGUCAGGAUGGCUGAGGCAGUCGACAUCAACGAGUCUCUCAAGAGGCUCACUGGCUUCGAUGGCGAGGGCAGCGAGGGCAGCGACUUGAAGAGCCCUUGGAAGUACCCGUCCAUCGGCACGCUCACCGCGCAUAGUCGGUGGCUCCUUCGGAUGCCAGGAAACAAGCUCCGCUUGAUGACUGGGUUCGAGUGCUUGCGCGCGAUCGGCUGGGACUUCGAAGACUGGACGCCCCACUCCUGCGAGAUGGCAGCCCGGAGCGAGCUGGGCUGCGAGUUGGCGGGGAUGGCUUUCUCGGGCUUCGCUUGCGCCCCCCUGCUCGCGGCAGUUUUCGCCGCCAUGGGCAUGCCGUCGCACUACCUGGACAUGACCGAUGCCGAUGCCCAGCAGCAGGAGGAGGAUCAGGAAGUGCACACCGUCGAGUCCGAUAGCGAGAACUCUGACUGA